GGCCAAAUGUGGCAAAGUUUAUGCCAUUCAUAGAUUUGUUGUCAUCAAUGAUCCGGAUUUGUUGGAAGAGAUUAUGGUUACAAACAGUCAGGUGACGAUCGGACGGUGCGAUUUUCAUUUGGGUAGAUAUGACUGUUCACUGUCUGAGACAUUGCUAUUUCAAAACGAUUAUCACAAAUGGAAACGGAUUCGUAAGAUUAUGGGACAGGCAUUCACACCCAACAAACUUAAGGAACAGAUGCCAUACAAUGAACGUAUUGCUGAUCGACUGGUCGACCAUUUGGAACAGUAUUCAAGCACUGGUACAAAUUUUGAUAUAAAAAAUUCACUGGUAUCAUUUACAUUAAACGUUAUCAAUUGUCAUGUGUUUGGCGCUAGUAUUAACAUAUUUGACAACUAUGACCAUCCGUUUUUAGUAAACGCCAACAAACUAUUUUCAUGUAAUGCAAGUCUAUAUGAAUAAUAAUAUCAAUUCCCGGGAACUGUAUCUCAACGAUGAAGAGCUUAUA